ACCUACCACAAAGAAGACACAACUGAAUCGAAACGUCAAAAAUCUAACCUCAGAACGAUUUUUUAAUUUGCGACAAUUAUUUUCUCCUCAUAAAGUUAAAAAUCUACCAUGAGUGAUUUAUCAGACUUCGCAAGCCCUAAGGGUGCGGAUUCAGAAUUGCAAGACUUUCUUCUUGCAGAAAAACAAAAAGCCCAGUUCCAUGCACAGAUCCACGAAUUCAAUGAUUUCUGCUGGGAUAAAUGCGUAGACAAACCUGGAGCAAAGCUGGACUCGCGCACAGAAACAUGCAUUACAAACUGUGUAGAGAGAUUCAUUGAUGUUUCGCUUCUCAUCACUAAUAGGUUUGCCCAGAUGCUGGAGAAAGGAGGUGGAAUGCAUUGAAUACUCCCUAGUAAUUAUCUUUUAUAAACCAUAAGGUUGAUCUGUAGUCAGUCAUAGGACUUACAGUUUUAGGUUCGAGGAUUUUGGAAAAGUGCAUUUUUGUUUAUUUUAGUAGCUAGAAGCCAUGCUGUUGUUAUCUGUACCAAAAAUGUACAUCUAAGGGUACCUAAAAAAAUUGUUGAUUAAAUGACAGAAUUAAAAUAAGGUACAUACAUAUUUAAA